GACAAUCAGAUUCAACAAUGCCCUCCUCCAGCUCAGCAGGUCGACCGGUCCAUAACACAAUGUGAGGCACCUAGUAUAGCCUCAACAGCCAAACAGACGAGCCCGUUCAGAAACCCAUUUGCUCCGCCAUUGGAGAUAGACAAUACUCCUGUCUUCAGCCGAUCAGCUGCACCAAUGCCGCCUCGGGAGAGCCAUGCCGAUGCGCUCACCGGACAAGUCCAUCGAACGCCUUCUGUGCCACGAUCGACCGCGCCGUCCUUGAGCAAUCACUCGGUGACUGUGAGAAGUCAAUCCAGCGAUCAGCAGGACAACCUCAUCCAGCCAGUAAAUACCCCUAGAAACUUGGAUUUGAACAAACACGAGAAGUCUUUGGCGCAAUUUGAAUAUUUUCACAGCACAAACUCGGAUGGUCCAGAAGAGAAGCACCUUCCGAGUAUGCGAAGCCCGUCCUGGUCGCCAUUGACAACGCCCCCGGAAUCUCCGCUUGCGCCAAUGACCGACAUCAUUGACGAAGAAUUCGGCUGUCGUCGCGCCUCUUCUCAGCGGACUUCACCGGUUGCACGACAGUCACGCAACCAAACUUUUGAUUCCGAGACGGCCGUCCAGCAAGAAGGACUCAGCAACCGUCCACCCCGCACCCCGUCCCCUCAAAGACCCAGCAAACCCAAGUCCCGGAAUCCCCGAAGCCGAGUAAAAGGACAGAAAGGACGGGCUGACGCAAAUGGAGGUCGUCGGCAAGCAGCUCCCACGCGCUGGUCGCCAGUUAUUCCGUGGUCUCCCAACCGGAAAGCGUCUUUUCAUUAUGAUUUGCAACAGAGGCUUGCUGCCGCCACUCGUGGGACUCAUAUCGACAAUGGCCUCCUCAAAGUGUCCCUUGAGGAUUUUGACAUUUAGACUGGCUUGGUCUUGAUAAAUCAUGGAAUACGAACGGAUCUAUUCGAACUGCUUGGCAAAACGGAUUUUUGUUUUUGCAAUAGUGAGUCUUACGUCGUUUCCCGGUUUACGGAUCUCGGUCUGUGGCUUACAGUUUCAGUUACUUCCAGGCAUGGAAACACCUGCCUAUGGUUCCCGACCUGGAAUGCUUCUCUUCAAGAAUCCCUACGUUGACUGCUCAAUCUUCUUUUUACUUGGUGGGUAGUUCCACCACCCCAUUGUCUUUUGGCUCGCAGUACUAACUUCAGUUCAACGAGCUUUCGUA